AUGCUCGUCUCCUUGACUGUUGGCAAGGUCGACGCCGGCGUCGCCGUCCUUUUGACCCAGGACAAUCGCCUUAUUGAAUUCCCCUCGGUUCUCCUCCCCAACAACAUUUCUUCCGGUAGUAUUGUCGACAUCACCGUUGCGCGCAACCAUGCCGCGGAAACAGCCAACGCGGCCGCCUUCCAGUCCCUUCAGAAGCGAAUCCUAAAUACCUACGGUGUCAACACGCCAUCUCCUCCUGUCCUCCGCCUGCGAAAUGCUACACAGACCUCUCUUGUCCUUGAGUGGGAUCCUAUCGAUCUCGCAACCGCAUCCCUGAAGUCACUCUCCCUCUACCGCAAUGGGUCAAAGGCUGGCUCGAUACCUCGCCCUCUGGAGACUCGGAGCACCAAGAUUAGCGGUCUCGCCAUUCACUCCGAGUACACGUUCCACCUCGUCUUGCGCACAACCGCCGGCACCUACCAGUCGGAGAAGCUGACGUGUCGGACUCACAAGAUGACCGACUUGUCUGGUAUCACAGUGACCCCUGGAGUCCUCGAUACGCAUCGGAAGGAGGCCCUCGGAGCUGCACUGGAUCGUAUUGGAGGCAAGAUGAUCGAUUCGGUCCGGAUUGACACAACCCACUUUGUCUGCACGGAGGGUCGGGGCCCGCUCUGGGAGAAGGCUGUCGAGAUGAACAUCCCUGUGGUGGUACCGGAGUGGGUGGAUGCUUGCGAGUCAGAGGGUACAAUUGUUGGUGUGCGUGGUUACUAUCUCAAUGCCGACCCCAAACUUCGCCAACUCAGCACACUUCACGGCUCCUCUCACCAACGAACCACCUCCACCGUAUCUGCCUCGACACUCGCCAACCAGGGACGCCCCAGCACUGCACUGCAGCAGUCCAACGAACAAGACCCAUCUACGGUUGAACCGCCUCUGACACCCUUCCCGAGUGGUGAGACAAGCGCACGACCCCAGACACAGACACAAGAGGUUGAAUCGGAGGAUGAUGAGGAAGCGCCUCCGCCGCUGCCGCCAAAGGACGAUUCUGAGCAAUCAGAUGAGCCAGCUCAGCCAAAUGGUGACGCAGAUGCAGCCCCCGCCGAGUCAUUAGAGAAGGCAGAAGAAGCAGAGACCGUGGAGACGAAAGAUGUAGAAAGCGAGGAAGACGCUCCCAAAGAGAGCACUCUCCCGCAACACAUGCCCGAUGGAGACGCUGAACCAGAGAAAGCAAGCCCUAAGGGUAAGGGCAAAGAGGGCGAAGGUGACUUCAACGAGGUCCCGCUCUAG